UAGCGCCUUUCAGGUCAGAACAAGAAGGAGAAGAAAAAAAGGAUUGAGUUUUCAACUGGAAACAAAAGAAUUAACAUUUCAACGCCCGUCAACGGACUAUUAUUGGAUCAAACUUUCGAUCAAAGGACUUUAGAGAGAACUUUUCAAACGCCCGGGCUCGUAUCGCGCUUAUCUCGCUGUAUGUAUUUAGAUCUAUCAUUCUCUACUAUGGUCAUCAUGGAAGUACCCACCAUCGACUCGGCCUCGCUUCGUGAUCUGCUGGAGGGAGAUGAUCCGGACUGUCUGGUUCUGGACUGUCGCUCGUUUUUCUCCUUCAGCUCGUCUCAUAUAUCGGGUUCCAGUAAUGUGCGCUUCAGUACUAUAGUACGCCGGAGGGCCAGAGGGGGGCUGGGGCUGGAGCACAUUGUACCCAACGAGGAAACCAGGAACAGGCUUCUGUCCGGGGAAUACCAGAGUGUUGUGUUCCUGGAUGACCGUAGUCUGGAGAUGGGAGAGGUGAAGAAAGACGGGACUUUAAUGCUCGCCGUGAACGCUUUGUGUCGCAAUCCAUGUGGAGCAAGUGUAUUCCUUCUUAAAGGUGGAUUCGACACAUUUUCCUCUGAGUUUCCUGACAUGUGUACGAAGUCAGUUCCACCACAAGGCUUGAGUUUACCUCUGAGCUCUGGCUGCCAUCCAAACACAGCUGAUACCUCAUGUGCAACCCCUCUGUAUGAUCAGGGUGGCCCUGUAGAAAUCUUGCCAUUCCUAUAUUUAGGCAGCGCUUAUCACGCCUCCAGAAAAGACAUGCUGGACAUGUUGGGAAUCACAGCCCUCAUUAACGUCUCUUCCAACUGCCCCAACCACUUUGAAGACCACUAUCAGUAUAAGAGUAUUCCUGUUGAGGACAAUCACAAAGCCAACAUCAGUUCCUGGUUCAAUGAAGCCAUUGAAUUUAUCGAUUCUGUACGGAAUAAAGGUGGACGUGUCUUCGUUCACUGCCAAGCGGGUAUUUCGCGUUCUGCUACCAUCUGUUUGGCUUACCUGAUGCGCACCAACCGCGUCAAACUUGAAGAGGCCUUUGAGUUUGUCAAACAGCGGCGCAGCAUCAUCUCGCCCAACUUUAGCUUCAUGGGGCAGCUUUUGCAAUUCGAAUCCCAAGUGCUUGCCUCCUCUACGUGCUCCUCAGAGGCAGGAAGCCCAGCCAUUAGCAAAAGCGGCACAGUGUUCAAUUUUCCCAUCCACACAGCGGCCAGCCCUCUUUCCUUCCUGCAGAGUCCCAUCACUACCUCGCCCUCCUGCUGAGACGGUCUCUUCAAAGUGGUUUCAUUUGUUUUCUCACCUCCUGACUGGGGAGAGUUUUAUUUAUAUGAUGACUGUAUGAUCCCUGAGGUGAUCUUUCCAGUAUUAAAGCUCAGGAACGAUUAGUUCCUGUGUUACUAUCAAUAUUCCAUGAUUGCUCACUAUUAUGUUAUUGAAGACGACGGCUGAUGAAGCCUAGCUCCCCCAGACUGUUUUAGUAUUUUAACACUGUGGUCCAUACCUGACCUUUUAAAAUUUGAUGUGACACAAACCAAGUAGAAACACUCCCUCGAAUUCCUUUGUGAUAAUCUCUCCUUUUUUUUUUUUUUUUUUUGAUUUGUUGAUGAGUCUCUGACUUUAUUGAUAAUCAGAUUUUUGAUUAUCUGGUAGCAAAGAAGCCCCAUGUCUUACAGGUUGCUCAGGGAUUAUUUUCCUUUUUUUACUAUUGUUUUUUUUAUUAGGAGAGUAGUCUGAGGAGAUGGGAAGGUGUUAGAUGUAAAGGUGCUAAUUGUAAUGUGUACUGCUACUUUUUGAAUUUUUUUUUUUUUUUUUUUUUUGAUCAGUGAAUGUAGUUCUGAGCAGGCUCUGCCUUAAGACAAUGGAAGUUGAAGCAAUGAGCCUGUUAUGCCUUUUUAGAAUGCAAUCUGAUUCAUCCAGAUGUUUGUCUGUCUGUAAACAAACACAGAAUACCUCAUGUGUCUGUACUGUUGUCAGUCUGGUAAGAGUCCUCCCAUAAGCACUACUAACAGGAUAGACUCUUGCAAGGCUGUUUUGAUAUGUGUGACUAUUUAUUGACUAAAUUAAUAUAUUUCUUACGCUAUAUUUUUUUCAUAUAUUUGUGAUACUUGUUGCUGACAAAUAAACUUUUUUUUUUCAUA